CCAGACCCUCAUGAAUGUCAUUUCGUUCUCUGAGGAGGUCCUCUGCAGAUCCUUUCCGGAAACCCCAAACAGGCUAGCGUCGAAAGGGUUCAAUGAACUGCUAGAAGGCAGGAGUAAUUCAUGGGAAGAUUUGUCCUGAAGGUUCGUGAUGUACUUCGCCACCAACGGAAGAAAGAAGUUGCAUUUCUCUCACCUCCUUUCGGUCAGGCAGAGGCCGGACGAACCAUUGAGCGACUUCCUCACGAGGUGGAAGUUGGAGACCACUAAGGUUUAUGGGGUGGAUGAUAAGGCGAAGCUGUCUACUUUCCACCUGGUCCUACGAUGGGGUGAUUUCUCUAAGCGUUUGGCACUGGAAAAGCCAAAGGAAUACUCCGUGGGAAUGACUAUGGCUAUGGCCGAGGACGAAGCUGAAGCAGAGGAGCUUGAGGCAAACAAGAAGAGAGAAGAAGAAGGUGGGUUGGGAGCUCAGGUUGUUUUGGCAAGGCCUAGGCCAAAGAAGAACACGGAGGAGCAAUCGCCUACAUCAUCCGGCCAUCGCUACAAGAAGGGCAGGGACCAGCAAAACCAGCAGCCUCAAGGGAGAGAUAUUUACGAAGAAAUGGGCUACGGAGAGAGGAAGCCCUACCCGUCCUACCCUCCUCACAGUCCCAAACUCAUGUUACUGAAGGAACACACACCUUUGACGCAUCCCAUCAGCAUGAUCCUGGACUAUGUUGAGCACCAGGGUCGGGUGGAGUACGACCCAAGGUUUGAUCUAGUCUAUGUUGUGGAAAAUGGCCCCUAUUGUAGAUUCCACUGGGCAGGCAGCCACGACAGUGAUGAGUGUAAGGUUCUCAAGAAGAGGAACACUUGGCAAAAGGACGACGGAAAGAAACCAGCAGACCAUAGUGGGAAGAAGGCGGUAGAGGCUCCGCAGAAGAGGAGGAAAUAAAUCAGCCCCCCGAGUGACGAGGAGGUGGAGGCUGCGCCCCAACAAAAGAGGGUGAAAGAGAAUCGAAUGAUCUAUGGCGGAAACACCGGAGGUGACUCUGCAAAACAGAGAAAAAAGUGGGUACACUCAACCUACGUGUGCAAUGUCUGCAGUGCGCCCGCACCAUCGAAGAUGGUAAGGUAACAUCCAGUUCUAUUCAGCCCCAAGGACGCACUGAUAAUCCCCUCUCCCGCACAAAGAUGCUUUGGUUUUCAGGUUUGAAAUCAACGACAUAGUGAUCC